AUGAUGGAAGAACAUCCUGUGUUGUGUUUAAGGCAUGAACAGGUUUGGCUUAGAUUUGAGCAUGGUGAUGUGGAAGACAUAGUGGAAAUAGGUCUUGGGGAAUCAACCGUCAAGAGUUUUCCGAACAUCAGUGGCCAACAAGUGAUAACUUUCUUUUUGCUUGUAAUUUUUACUUUGAACAUUCUUCUUUGUAAUGGCUUCUGUUUUGCUGUAAUGACCUUGGCUUGGAACUUUAAGCAUUUGCAAGUGUAUCUUGAAUAUUGUAAUGAGCCUUUCGAUGGAAUGCUGUAA